AGUGAGUCUCUUAGUAGGAGCACUGAUAUACAGAAUAGCUUGUUAGUUGUGUGUACUAUUAAGGGGAUGGAUGAUGUUCCUUUGGUCACUGAGGACACUCCAGUGGCAGAGGAGGGAAGGACCCGAGUGAUGACGUGGAAUGACUACUCGAGCAUUCUAGUGCUACUCUUAGAUAGGAGAGUAGAACUUACCAGUAAGUGAGGUAGUAAAUAGUAUGGGCAGUAAGUAGUAUGGAAUGGGAGGGAGAGAGUAUCAAGUCAGUAGGAUCCAACAAGAUAGUAGAGAGAAGAAAGAAAGAAAGAAAGGAAAGGAAAGGAAAAGGAGGAGGAGAAGAAGAAGAAGAAGAAUGAAAAAGGGAAGGAAGAAAAGGGAGGAAGGGAAAGGGCAGGUGACAUGGAUGGGCCAACCCAGAAAUGGGGAGAACAAGAAGAAGAGGGAAGGAGCGGUUCACUUUGCUCUCACUUGCUACUUUGGGAUGUGUCUUUGUCAGUUACUACUUAAGUUACCUGACGUAUACCAUACCAUCGUGUUCCUUACCUGAUACAUCCCCAUUAUUCCAUCCAUACCAUAACAUACAUGAUGUAGAUAGAUACAUACG